AAGGGGAAUCCGAGUUGGCUUUGGUUGGACCUUCACAGUAGCUAGAACCCGGCUCUCAGAAAAACGACACAUUGAAAAUUAUUUUUAAAUUUUUUGUCUUGUUACAAGUUUUGGAAAACAAAAAAAUAAAUUAAUUUAUAAUCAUGGUGCAAUUAUCGCGAGCAACCAAAUUUACGGGCAUCUGCGUAUGCGUCUACGUGACCUACGUACUCUUCGUAUUCAUCCUGCUGCCCUCGUUGAUGCCGGACGUUGUGACCUUGCAGCGGGCAUUGGUGGCCUAUAAAACGCGUCACCUGGGCAAUUUGAGCAACUACACUUUAGAGACGGGGGGCCAGCCGCUUCGUUCAAUGCUGGUCUCCUUCCGGGGCUCUGGAGCCCUCACUCUUCUGGACAACCUGGCCCACCAGCCUGGUUGCUACCAGCACUAUGCUCCGCUGAUUGCCUACCACAACCGCAGUACCGCGCACAAGCAUCAGGCCCAGGUGCUGGACGAACUGGUGGCGUUGUACAAUUGCAACUACAACAAGUCCUCGGAGAUGAUCCACUGGGGUAUGCGAUCGGCUAUCUUCCGUCGUUUUUACGGGGCCCAGUCGAAAACCUGCCUGACACAUAGCUUGGCCGACUGCUGGAAUCCGGAGACCAUGGCUGGGGUCUGCAAGCUGCAUCCCUUCAUCAAUAUGGCGGUAUACAAUAUGAGGCUUGAGUACCUGGUCUCAUUGCUGGAAAAGGAAGGGCUGAAUCUGCGAAUUCUGCUGCUGGUCCGCGAUCCUCGUGGAACUAUGUAUUUGCGCAAGCAGCGCCAAUGGUGUGUGGGCGAAGAGGACUGCGAGGCUGAGACUCUUUGCAAAGACAUGGUCAGCGAUCAUAAGAUAGCCGAGACAUUGGUCAAGAAUUAUCCGCGACGCUUCGAAAUCAUUCGUUACGAAGAUCUGCUGGAGCAUCCCGAGGAGAGCAUCAAGUUGGCCUUCGACUUCUACGGAAUACCAAUGGAGAGACCCAAGACCAAAACUCGCGGACUUCAUUCCCGCAGUGAGCCAGUCGUUGAGUCGCUUGGUUGGGAACUGCCCUGGAAGUACUCGAUCCAGCCAGCCUACGAGUGGAUGCACAAAAUGCCCUUGGCAGACAUCCAGGCGGUCCAGAAUGUCUGUACCGAGGCCAUGGAGCUCUGGGACUAUCGUAUUAUCCAGGACUUUGAGCACUUUUCAGCCGACACUUUUGAACCGUUUAUGGGAAAGGCCUAAGUAAAGGUGUUUGGAACGUCGUUAGUAUACAUUUCUGGAGCGCAGUUUACUUACAAACCAACCAUAACAUCAAUUUGUAACAUUUAAGGGGUUUAAAUUAACAAGAAAGUUUAACAUUUAUGGUACAAUAGUUAGUGAGCACGCAUCUUGUGAGCAUAAGUUGAUUAAAUUAAGCAUUUCUUUAGGGGAA